GUUAAGGUUGUAUUUUUCCAUGAGUAAAGUUCCUGAGUGAAAAAGGUUAGGGGUGAAUCCUGUACAAUGCAUCCCGAGGUCGUUACAUGCAUCUCGCCGGUACUGUUGGCCUCAGCCUUGCUCAAGCGGCCUUGAAUCGACAUGGAACAGUGCUCGAUAGCUCAUCUUAGGUUGGAUGUGCCUUGAAAUGUUUCUUGUGGUCGAGAGACUACCUAGGUACACAUGUAGUAGUACCUUUCCUUGGGACCGAUGUGUUUCAGGCACUUUCUAGACCUCGUGUGGUUCGGCCGUUGUACCUGAGUACAGCAGGUGUCGCAAAAGGGUUGAUUAAGUUCGCGCCAGCUUAUCCAGGUUAAGUAACACUCGAGUCAGUGGUGAAAGCACUGCACCCGGCACAUGGUGCCUGCCCUCCAGGCCGAUUGCUCCUAACUUCCUACCUCCUAAUCGAGCCCAGACAUCAAAUGUAUACUCUCUGUUAAGGACUCUUAUUCACGAUGCGACACCAGCUUGACAAUGACGCACUUGCGGUGCUGAGGGUAGCUUAUAAAGGCUUCAUUGGAUUUUGACAAACUCAUGGACAUCAUCCAAACACCAGUCCAAUACACCACCCAUAGAAACAGCACCUGGGCAACAUCAUAGCCAGACACACGACCGUCGCCACAUUACUUCGUCAUCUAAAACCAGAACCAAGACCAAAAUGCCUCGCCAGGGAGAAGGACACGUUGCCCACAACGCCGUUGAUGCCAACGUGCCCCAAGUCGCCGACGGAACCGAUGGAAAGUCCGACCAGGUUGCCGGCACACAGAAGGCCGCACCCAUGCCAGAGCAAGAGAAGGGGCUCGCAGCCGAGGGUGUGCCCGCCAGCGGGGGCUCGAGCCAGGGUAUCCAGCAAGGUUCUGAGGUCGGUCAGGGUGCGCCCAAGCCUUGAAUAGCGCCUCGAGGCAAUCGGAGAUGGUGAAGUAUCGGGUAGUGUGUGGGUGCCUGUGGGUCCAGUCUGAAACCACGAUAUCGAGCCGUAAUAGUGUAUCAUCAGGCAAGCAGACCUGGCCGGAAUACCGGGAGCAGCAGCCUUGAAGCUCUGAGAAUGGGCUCUAAUGAAUAAAUGUGUGGAUAGUCACCUAGGUAAUCAGUGUGUAUCAACGAGACAGCCAGUAUCGUCUAUAUCUAUCGUGUUCUUUUCAAGCGCUGGGUCUUGAGCGCUUAUUACCACCGUAUGGAGUCACCAUGUAUGUCCUCGGACAUAUACGGAAUAGAAGCGAAACCACUCAAUUUCUUUUUAACUCGUCGCAGCCUCCUUCGUGCCAGCCAAUGCCUUGGGCCAUUAGGUUCGUACCAGUACGGGUGUCAUCGAUUUCAGCCAGAUCCAACAGGAGGCACAACUACUAGCUAUAGGCUCUACCCG